AUGAUACAUAAAAGAAUAGGUCUACAAAAUACAGUAUUAUUCACGGGCAAGGAUUUUAAGCUUUACACACCUUUAUCUUUUACUCUUGCAAGUACUCAAUUAACUGGACUACAUCAUAUAAUCUUACACAAUUUCUUAGUAUUUCAUCCCUAUCAAUUGGGACUUUCAAAAGCACCAUCCAAACCUCGUAUAUCUAGUCCUUUGCGUAUUGAAAAACAAUUAAAGAAGCCACCCCAUUCUGAGUCCUUACUCUCAAGGCAUCAAUACAAGAAACCGGAUAGAAUACAGAGCUCCUUGAGCCCCUACAAGACCUGGUUACCAAAGCCCACAGAGUCGCUGUACAUACCUACGCACUUCUCAGCUAAAGAAUGUCUAGCAAGCAAUAUCAGUUCUGAAUUUGGUUGGUAUUCUGUAUUGAUGGUAAAAAACUGGUUUGUAUCUCACAACCAUAGAUAUGAAUUAAUCAAUGGUGCAUUAAUUAGAUGUCUACUUUGUAAGCAUGAAUCUGGUCUUUGUUUGUUUGAUACACUUGGUAUUUCCAAGCACUAUCUUUCGUGCUCUCGGCUUUACCUUUAA